UGGGGUGUUCCUACAGUGAAAUAACAGACAGGUCUGUAUUGAGAUAGCGUACCGCUCAAACAAAACGAAAGCAUAUUCGAAUAUAUCUGAUUGAAGCGAACAAUUUGGAGUGAAUUUUCAGCACACCGACACGCUCACCAAUUUUAAGUUGUCGUCUACGUGUUGUGCAAAAGUGAGCUCGCACAGCUGCUAUUUAAGCUACCGUGGUGGUACGCAUAGUACUGCUACAAGUUGCGAGAGGCAGCAUACCAUCCACUCUCUACUUUGCACUAGGACAAUUGUACAAGACAGGAGCAGUUGAAGCAAAAGAUUCAAGCUCGAUCAUGGCGGCCAACUCCUCCUCCCCGGCAGACUCCAGCAGCUCGCCGCGGCCUCACACCUACACCAUCGGCUACGCGAUGCUGCCCAACAAGCAUGACACCUUCAUCCAGCCGUCCUUCCUGGACCUUGCGGCGCGGCACGGCGUCCGGCUCGAGGCCGUCGACGCGUCGCGCCCUCUCGCGGAGCAGGGCCCCUUCGACCUCAUCGUCCACAAGCUCCACGGCCAGGCGUGGCGCGCGCAGCUGGAGGCCUUCUCCGCGCUGCACCCGGACGUCCCCGUCGUCGACCCGCCCGCCGCCAUCGAGCGCAUCCUCGACCGCUUCACCAUGCUCGACGUCGUCGCCGGCCUCGGCGUCGCGACGGAGGGCGCCGUGGCCACGCCCAGGCAGGUCUUCGUCGCCGACGCCGCGGCGCUGGCCUGCGACGACGCGGACGCGGCCCUCGGCGGCCUCCGGUUCCCGCUCAUCGCCAAGCCGGUGGAGGUCGACGGCAGCGCCGCGUCGCACGACCUGUGCCUCGUGUACCGGCGCGAGGGCCUGCGCGGCCUCCGCGCGCCGGUGGUGCUCCAGGAGUUCGUCAACCACGGCGGCGUGCUCUUUAAGGUCUACGUGGUGGGCGACCACGCCACCUGCGUGAUGCGGAGCAGCCUGCCGGACGUGGCCGACGCGCGCCUGCACGACCUCGCCGCCGACGCCGCAGCCCCCUUCGCCAACAUCUCCCUCCUCCCGCCCCCGGCCGCCGGCGACGUCGAGAUGCCGCCCCAGGACUUCGUGAACAGGGUCGCCCGCGAGCUGCGGCGGGCGCUGGGCUUGCACCUCAUCAACUUCGACCUGAUCCGGGCGAGCGACCCUGACGGCGACGCCAAGUACCUCAUCCUCGACAUCAACUACUGCCCGGGAUACUCCAAGAUGCCGGGUUUCGAGCCUAUUGUUCUUGAAUUUUUGUUGGAGAUGCUGCGCAAUAGACCUGGUCAUGAGCAGCCUUGUCCGGGCGCUGGCUCUGGCACGGGUCUAAGUGCUGAGGCACUCAAGGCAGAGGUUGAGCCCAGCUUCAUCCCGUCGGGAGCGGAACCGAAGCAAGUUCAGGCCUAACCUCAGUUCAAUUCCAAAUCUAAUUUGAUCGGUCAUGGUGUCUGAACAUGUGUUGCUGAACCUCUUGCAAGAUUCAAAACCGCACCAGUGAUUUGUGAAGUUGCUUUGCGACAUUUUCUUUCAGAGAGAAAAAAAAAUAACAGCUGCUUUGUACCCUUGAUCCAA